AUGCGGGAUGUGAGGGUUUGCCUGGUCGGCGAUGAGGGUGUCGGCAAGAGCUCCAUCAUCUCCGCCUUGAUCAAGGAGUCGUUCGUCCGCCUAGCACCGCGGACAGUCCUUCCUGAAGUCACCAUCCCGCCCGCCGUCACGCCAGGCCACAACGUGACGACCGUCAUCAUCGAUACUUCGCCCCGACCAGAAGAUAGGAGCCACCUUGUCAACGAGAUCCGGAAAGCGCAUGUCGUCGCUAUCGUCUACUCCAUUGACAACCCCAACUCCUUCGACCGCGUCCCAACCUACUGGCUGCCGACGAUCCGCUCGCUCGGCGUCAACGUCCCCGUUAUCCUCAUCGGCAAUAAGAUUGACCUGCGAGAAGGGCAAGUGACGAACCAAGCACUCGAGGAUGAGAUCGUGCCGAUCAUGCAGGAGUACAAGGAGGUCGAGACCUGCGUCGAGUGUUCCGCCCUCCUCCCUCUCAACAUCUCGGAAGUCUUCUUCUUCGCCCAGAACGCUGUCCUUCAUCCCACCGCACCGCUCUACGACACCCGCCAGCACACCCUUAAACCUGCUGCUGUCGCCGCCCUCUCGCGCAUCUUCCGCCUCGUCGACGCGGACAAAGAUGGCCUCCUCUCGCCCGACGAGCUGAACGAUUUCCAGCGCCUUGUCUUCGAUGCGCCGUUGCAGAGCAGGGAGAUCGAGGGCGUCAAGGAGGUUGUCGAGGAGAUGACGGACGGAAGCGGAGUCGAGGAGGGCGGGCUGAAUGAGGAGGGCUGGCUCGCGCUGCAUACAUACUUCAUCCAGAAGGGACGGCUCGAGACAACGUGGAAGGCGCUUAGGUGCUUCGGGUACGGCGAAGACCUUAUGCUGCGGGAAGAGUUCCUUUACCCUCGAUUCGACAUCCCCAGCGACUGCACAGCCGAGCUCUCCCCGCGCGGCUACCAAUUCUUCACCGACAUCUUCGAGCUGUUCGACCAAGACCGCGACGGGGCGCUCUCGCCUUCGGAACUCGACAACCUGUUCUCGACGAGUCCGGGGAACCCUUGGGCUGCGGGAGGCUUUCCGGAGACGACGUUGACAACGCCCGAGGGGGCGGUCACGCUGCAGGGGUGGUUGGCGCAAUGGUCCAUGACGACCCUCCUCGAACCGCGUGUAACGCUCUCGUACCUCGCCUACCUCGGUUACCCACACUCGUCUGCCUCAUCCUCGUUCUCCUCCUCUUCCUACCCACCCACGCCCUCACCCUCCGCCUCCACCUCCUCCCGCCGCAACCCGUUCUCGUCGACCUCCUCCACAUCCGCCCGCGACUCCUCCCCCUCUUACCAACUCCUCCCGACCACCUCCGCCCUUCAAAUAACCAAGCCCCGCCGACCCUCACGCCGAAAAGGCACUCCAGUCGAACGCAACGUCUUCCUUGCGUACGUGCUCGGCGCGGCAGGAAGCGGGAAGACAAGCUUGCUGAGGGCGUUCGUCGGGAAGGGCUUCGGGGAGGAUGAGGAGGGUCUUGCUGCGGCUGUAGGGGGAGCGGUGAGGGGGAAGGCGGCUACGUGGCCUCGGAAGACUGGGGCAACUGCGGGAGGUGUCGAGGGCUUUGCGGGAGGAGAGGUGCUGGAGGGUGCGGGCGGAGCGAGGACUUUGCGCGGCGCGCUAAGUAGCGGACGAGGGAAGGGGAAAAGCGUGGUCAAUUGUGUCGAGGAAGGAGGCGGCGAGCGGUAUCUUGUGCUACAAGAGUUCGGCUCGACGUACGAGUCCGAGGUCCUGCGUAGCAAGAAGAAGCUUGAGCUGGCGGACGUGCUGGUGUUCGUGUACGACUCGAGCGAUACGAACUCGUUUAGCUACGUCUCGAAUUUGCGGCAACAAUACAAGCUUGACGACAUCCCGACCAUCUUUGUCGCGACCAAGAGCGACCUCGACCUUGCGCAGCAGGCGCGUCCUCUCGUCCGGCAGCGUCACGAGGUCCAGCCCGACACGUACUGCCGCAAGCUCUCGCUGCGAGUCCCGCUGGCGGUCUCCGUCAAGCGCGGCGAGUUGGCGGACUUGUACCACACGAUUGUGCGGAUAGCGAUCCACCCCCUCUCUGCGCUGCCGUACGGACCCGACCGGUCGUCGGCUUCGUCGCUCCUCGGCUUCCCCGUCACACGGACGCAGUUCUACCUGUAUGCGUCGGCCGGUCUGACUGCGACGGUCGCUGUCGGACUAGUGUGGUGGACACGCGCACGGAUCGUCACGCACGCAGCAGGAGGAGGGGCGUCAGCUGGAUCUGGCGGCGGCGGAGGAGGAACGGCGGGAGUUAUUGGCGGCGCGAGCAAAGGGCUGAUCGGCUGGCUCGGGUCGCUGGUGCGGUAA